UACUGCCCGCUGAGGGUCGUGGUGGCGGCCGGCGCGCGAAUGGACCCGCGCAAGAGCUACCUCCUGAGCUGGCACCCGCACGCCUUCGUGCCCGCCUUGCAGGUGACUGCCAUGCUGCCCGCCCUCUUCAGCGAGCAGCUGGCGGCGGCCCUCCCCGGCGGGCAGGUGCCGGUGGCCUUCCCCGGCCUGGACGUGCUCGUCGCCACCAAGCCCGCCUUCUUCCUGCUGCCCGUGCUGCGCGAGGUGGCGCUCGCCUUGGGCUUCAUCUCCUGCUCGGAGCGCAGCCUGCGCCACGCCCUGCGCCUCCCCGGCAAGGCCGUGCUCUUGAUGACGGGGGCCGUCCAGGAGGUGUUCCGGACGCGCGGCGACACCAAUGUCUUCUGCCUCCAGCGCAGGGGCUUCUGCCGCGUCGCCCUGGCCGAGGGGGCGUCGCUCGUGCCGGUGGUGGUCCUGGGGGAGAACAGGGGCUACCGCAUGCUGCUGCCCGACGCCAUGGAGUGGCUGCACAGCGCGACGGGGUGGCGCGCCGUCCUGCCGAUGGGUCGCGGCGUCCUGCAGGACUACGUGGGCGUCAUGCCCCGGCGGGUGCCCAUCACGGUCGUGGUCGGCGCCCCCAUCGAGGUCACGGCGACGCGCAGCCCCUCGCGCCAGCAGGUGGCAGCCCUGCACGCCAGCUUCGUGGACGCCGUCAGGCGCCUGUACGACGAGCACGCGCCCGCCCACUACAAGGAACACGUGCCGCUGGUCAUCGAAACCUGAGACUGCUCAAUAAA